AUGGCCCCGCCUACGAAUCGCGCAGAGAUCCUCGCAAAGCUGCGCACUGAUGCAGCUAAUGGCAAGUCGAUUGUAGGAGCUGGUGCAGGCAUCGGUCUCUCCGCCAAAUUCAUCGAGAAGGGCGGCGGAGACCUCAUCAUCAUCUACAACUCCGGGAGGUUCCGGAUGGCCGGUCGAGGCUCGCUGGCCGGUCUGAUGCCGUACGGCAACGCCAAUGAUGUCGUGCUUGAGAUGGCAAACGAGGUUCUGCCCGUGGUCGAGCACACGCCGGUGAUUGCCGGAGUGUGCGCGACUGAUCCCUUCCGCUCAAUGCCGUCGUUCUUAAAGCAGUUGGAGGAUAUUGGCUUCGCGGGAGUGCAGAAUUUCCCGACAGUUGGACUCAUUGACGGCCAGUUCCGCCAAAACCUCGAGGAGACGGGCAUGGGCUUCAAGCUGGAGGUGCAAAUGAUCAAGACGGCGCACGAGAUGGGCCUGCUCACCACACCGUACGCCUUCAGCGUCGACGAGGCAGCGCUGAUGGCGCGAGCCGGAGCCGACAUUCUCGUUGCGCACAUGGGGUUGACGACGUCCGGGUCGAUCGGCGCCCAGAGCGGCAAGAGCCUUGACGACUGCGUAAAGCUGAUCCAGGAGAUGCGCGACGUCGCGGCCGGCAUCAAUCCGGACGUGCUCGUGCUCUGCCACGGUGGCCCGAUCGCGCGUCCCAAAGAUGCGGAGUACGUCCUCUCUCGGACGAAGGGGGUGCACGGCUUUUACGGCGCGAGCAGCAUGGAGCGGCUGCCGGUGGAGGAGGCCAUCACCAACAUCACGCGCGAGUUCAAGCAAGUGCAGCGCGCGUGA